AUGCGUCCUAUCAUAAGAACUUGUUGUGCAAGGCGGAUGGUAUCGACUCUGCAGAAAUUCCCAUUUGAAAACCUGAAUGGAGAGCAUUAUUUAGCAAGGCACCCGAAUGCGUAUUAUCAAAGGAAACGGGCGGGUUACCAGGGUACCACUUUCGAGAACCAGGCAAAACUACCGGCUUUGCCCGUACCAGAGCUGGAAGAGACACUGGCAAAAUACAUCGAAACCAUAAAGCCAUACUGCCAGACUAGAAGUCAGCUUGAGGAACAGAAAAGAUUGUGUGCGUCUUUUGCUGCAGGUGCAGGUCCAGAAUUGCAAGAACGGCUGCAAAAAUUCAGCGACAAAUCGAGGAACUGGCUGUCACAUUUUUGGGACAAUACCGCGUAUCUGGACUAUAACGACCCAGUCGUGCCGUAUGUUUCGUAUUUCUAUGCCCACAGACCGCUGCCCAACUCGCACGCUAGAAUACAGUCAGACCCGCUGCUUAAGGCGACUGCGAUCAUUCUUUCAGUAUUGCGUUUUAUGGAGUUGCUCAAAGAUGAGUCUUUGCCUGCAGAAUUAGUGAAGAAUCACCCUUUCUGUAUGAACGGCUUUUCGCUCAUGUUCAACAACGCGCGCAUUCCGGGAGGUGGCAGAGAUACGAAUGUCUUCUACUCGCUUCACGAGCACAAUUUCAUCAGUGUGGCUUUCAGAGGUAACUUCUACACUUUGUGGACCCAUAAUGAGGACGGGGAGGUUUUGAAGCCGCACGAAAUCUGGCACCAGCUAUAUGCCAUCAGCAAUUCCGGGAAUGCAUAUAAGCCUGAGCCAACCAGUGCCGGCAUUGGGACUUUGACAUCGUUGCCUCGAACUGAAUGGUUCAGGGCCUACUCGGAACUACUAUUAGACCCGAUCUCUAAACGUUCUAUGGAGACAAUCCACCAGUCUUCUUUCAUGCUAUGCUUGGACAUGGACGCCAACCCCGUCACUUGGGAGGAGAAGUCAAGAUUUUCAUGGCACGGAGAUGGCAUCAAUAGGUUUUACGAUAAGCCUUUGCAAUUCUUCGUGGCCGAGAACGGCGUUUCGGGAUUUCUUGCCGAACAUUCCAAGAUGGAUGGGACUCCCACUCUUUUGUUAAAUGAUUACGUGUGUCGAUUUAUGGAAAAUUUGGACGCAGCCAGCUUUGUCGGCGAAUUGCGACAACAGGACUCGCUUCCGAAGUAUAAACCCCAGUACUUGCCCUUUCUACUUACCCCUUCCAUCCGGGAGCAAAUAAAACAAGCGCACUCCAAAUUUGUUACUGCUACGGCUGAACACGAAUUGAAAGUGUGGCACUAUAACCGGUACGGCAAGAACGUUAUAAAGACGUUUGGAUUCUCUCCCGAUGCCUUUGUUCAACAGAUCAUCCAGCUGGCGGUCUACAAGUACCUGCAUAGGCAACUGCCCACCUACGAGGCAGCCUCUACUAGGCGUUUUUUCAAAGGUCGGACUGAAACGGGAAGAGCUGUCACAGCAGAAUCGGUCAAAUUUGUCACCGAUUGGGAAGACCCAGAUGUCACUAAUGCUGAUAAAGUUGCCAACCUGCGUGCGUCGGCCAAAGCCCACGCGGAUUAUCUGAAGGCUGCUUCUGGUGGGCAUGGUAUUGAUCGCCAUUUUUUUGGGCUGAAGAGUAUGUUGCGUAACGACGAGCCUGUGCCGGAGCUACUGAAUGACGCCCUUUUCAAGUACUCCUCCACGUGGCUGGUAUCCACCAGUCAGUUGACAUCUGAGUAUUUUGAAGGGUAUGGUUGGUCUCAGGUUAAUGACAAUGGGUUCGGAUUAGCAUACAUGCUUAACAAGGAAUGGUUGCAUAUCAAUAUCGUGAACAAGCCCACAGCGAGCAAUUUGAGUGUGUCGAGGCUCCAUUACUAUUUGACUGAGGCGGCCGAUCAAAUGUUCGAGCUGCUCUACAAAGAAAUGAAUCAAAAAUCUAAAUUAUGA